UUAUUAUUAUUAUAAGAUGGUGGAAGGAUGCGUCGGCUUUGCAGUUUAUCCAUCAGCAUCAGGUCAUAUUUCAUCAUCGUCGACCUCUUACGGAGAAUCAGAAUAAUUACACGUUCGUGCGAAAUGAAUAGCACCCUGAGCUAUUAAUACAAGUGGUUGCCUCUGUACAACAGGGAUAUUCCUCCUUGGCAACAAUAAGGACAGCUAUGCCAAGGGAACAUGGUGUGUGCAGGCAUCUGUGCAAUUCCUGUGCAAGAUAAAACAAGGUGGAGUGGAGUCGUGUCAUAAUGCUUCUCUGGCUCGAGCAUGGAUGGACCCGCAUAAACAUAUUUGCAUAAAGUGAAUGAAUUCAUGCCCGGACUCUACUUGUGGACCCAAACCAAAGAAACAUGGUUCAACACGGUUUCCGUGAUCAUGACUUAGUAGUAGACCUGAGUCUCUAAGGAUGUGCAGAAUGCAAACAUGCAUCAUCAUCAUCAUCUUGAUGGAAGGUACUGUAUCUUGUCUGAGGUAGUCAUUGUAAGAGUACAAUAUAGGCCUGAUCACAUACUUUGAUUGCUUGUGAAGGGUUUGUGUGAACAGAAUGAACGACUAUAAGAAAAGCAUUGAGUCAAGUCAUGCCCUGUUAGAAAAGAUGCGAGAGAUUCAGGCCCUGUGAUGAUGUUCCAGUGGAGGAAACCGGGAAAAUCUUUUUCAUGCAUUUGUGUGGUGAAUGAAGUACUCAGUUUAGAAUUUCAAUUCGCCACAGUGAUUUCAGACACCUGUUUAAAAGUGCCUUUAUAGAUGCUAGAACACAGAGGCUGUCAUUUUGCUAAAAAUAACAUUCCAGCACAGUAUAGUGGUGCUUUUGGCUCAUUUAAGACCUCCCUCCAGUUUAACAGGCCUGAAUUUGGUUCAUGGAUUUUGUGCAUGAGUUAACCGAGGUUCUCCCCCAGCUGUUGAAACCGCACCGCUGACUCAGUGACUUCGGAGAUGGACCCAAAUUCAACACUAAGCAGUAUGGGUAGUGGAGGCAACGCAACCCCACUACCUUGCAUCGGGUGUGGAGGUUCCUGUGGGGUGCCACCUCCUUCCAUAGUGCUGCCGAACACGAAUCAGACUUCCUGCCUCUCUCAUGCAGAGAACGGCAGCAGCUGGAACUCCUCCACCCUGUCCUCCUCGGUCAGCUCCCCCGAGUCCCACAUGCACCAGCAUCAUGGGGCCUCCAACCCUUACUGGACGGCCGUGUUUGACUAUGAAGCGGCGACGGAGGAGGAGUUGACCCUAAGACGUGGAGAUCUCCUGGAGGUGCUUUCCAAGGAUUCAAAGGUGUCUGGAGAUGAAGGCUGGUGGACCGGUAAGAUCCAAGACAAGGUGGGCAUCUUCCCGAGCAACUACGUGACGCGGAGUGACACCAUGCUGCCCACUGGAGGUUUGCUGGUUGGGGGUGAGAGUCCUCUGGAGAUCGACUUUUCAGAGCUGUGCUUGGACGAAGUCAUCGGAGCAGGAGGCUUUGGGAAAGUAUAUAAAGGCUUUUGGAGGAACAAGGAGGUAGCUGUGAAAGCAGCACGCCAGGACCCCGAUGAAGACAUCAGCGUCACGGCGGAGAGUGUGAGGCAAGAGGCACGGCUCUUCUGGAUGCUCAGACACCCCAACAUCAUUGCACUGAAGGGGGUCUGCUUAAAAGAGCCUAACCUUUGCUUGGUAAUGGAAUAUGCUCGUGGUGGGGCGCUAAACCGGGCACUGGCAGGGAAGAAGGUUCCUCCCAGGGUCCUGGUUAACUGGGCGGUGCAGAUUGCUACUGGCAUGGACUACCUGCACAACCAGACCAUCGUCCCUGUCAUCCACAGGGAUUUAAAGUCCAGUAACAUCCUGAUUCUGGAGCCACUGGCGAGGGACGACCUGAGCGGUAAGACGCUAAAAAUCACAGAUUUUGGAUUGGCACGGGAGUGGCAUCGCACCACUAAGAUGAGUGCGGCAGGCACUUACGCCUGGAUGGCUCCGGAGGUCAUUAAGGUGUCGCUCUUCUCUAAAAGCAGCGAUGUGUGGAGUUUUGGGGUACUGCUGUGGGAGUUGCUGACUGGUGAGGUGCCGUAUCGGGAGAUCGACGCCUUGGCUGUGGCCUAUGGAGUCGCCAUGAACAAACUGACCCUCCCUAUUCCUUCCACCUGCCCUGAGGCUUUUGCUCAACUGUUAGGAGAGUGCUGGAGCCCGAAUCCUCACAGUCGUCCCUCCUUUAGCAACAUACUGAAAAGGUUGCUGGCCAUCGAGCAGUCCUCCAUGUUCCAGAUGCCACUGGAGUCUUUCCAUUCACUGCAGGAGGACUGGAGGAUGGAGAUCCAGCAGAUGUUUGAUGAGCUCAGGGCCAAAGAGAAGGAAUUGCGUUCCUGGGAAGAGGCGCUGGCCCGGGCCGCAGAGGAACAGAGGACGCAGGAGGAGCUGUUGAAGAGACGCGAGCAGGAGUUAGCUGAGCGGGAGAUCGACAUCGUGGAGAGAGAGCUGAACAUCAUUAUCCAUCAGAUGUACCAGGAGAAACCGCACGUCAAAAAGCGCAAGGGCCACUUCAAGAAGAGCCGGCUCCACAAACUGGGCCGAGACAGCAACUGCAUCAGCCUGCCCUCUGAUUUCGAGCAUAAGAUCACAGUGCAAGCCUCUCCCAGUGUGGAUAAGAGGAAAAGCCAGGGUAGUGAGAGCACCACUCCACCUGCCAGUCCGGGUGUUAUACCUCGCCUCAGAGCCAUUCGAUUGACCCCGAGUGAUGGGAGGAACACCUGGGGCCGUACAGCAGUGUGUAAGAAAGAAGACUUGGCAGGGACCAAAAAGAAAGGCCGUACCUGGGGUCCCAGCUCCACCCACCAGCGAGAACGGGUUGGAGGAGAAGAUAGGUUAAAGUCACUUGGAGAGGGGAAGGUGUGGUCUUCCAGUGCUCCAAAUCUAGGCAAGUCCCCCAAACACGUUCCUAUAACUGGUGGCUUUUCCAGUCUCAGUGAAAUGGAGGAACAGUCUGAGCUCGAUGAGCGGUUGGCACCGGAGGGCAGUAGCAACGGGGCGACGGAGGAUGCCGGCCAUGCAUGGACAGGUGUCGGCCACGGAGUGGGACCCCAGGAUCCUUUACGUCGUUUCAAUCAGAGGAAGAAGAGCGACAUGGUACUGCUGGGCUGCGCCUCCAUCUUGGCCGCCGUGGGCUUCGGCUCAGAUCUGCUCCAGCUGGGACGGUUGCAGGUGAAUCAGGACGAACAAGAUGCACGUGAGGAGCAAAGAAAAAAGAAGGAAGGUCUGUUCCAGCGCACAGGCCGAUUCCGGCGCAGCACGUCUCCCCCAAGUCGUACACUGUCCCUGUCCCUUUCCCACAGCCGCCAACAUCACGAAUCCGCCCUGCCCUGCCUGGACCCAUCUCCUUCUGUCACACUCCUCUCCCUCUCCUCUCUUUCUGACUGCAACUCCACCAAGUCCCUGCUGCCCUCGGACCCGGACGAUCUGAUCCCGAGUCCGAGCAGCAACAUGGCCUGUCCAGCACCCGCUCUAAACCCCCUGCUGGAUCUACGAGCAGAGAGUUUCAAACGCGAGCCUAACCAGUCGCUCACACCCACUCAUGUUUCUGCCACCAUGGCCGUGAACCGCGGGCACCGACGCACGCCAUCCGACGGUGCCAUCAGACCUCGUGCACAGACAGUCACAGGGCACAGACGCUCGCCCUCAGAUGGCAGCAUGCCGAUUCCUCCCAUCACACCCACUAACACACCACACACAGGUUCCCGUGACACUCUAGACAUCCCUCGUCUACCAGACCCAUCCACAGUCUACCCCGCAGCGCAUCGACGCAAAACUUCCCCUUCAGAAUCCCAGACUGCGACCCUUGAGCGGCCCAAGACGUUGGAGUUUGCACCCCGUCCGCGGCCCACCCCCGCCCGCGCGCGUCCGGACCCAUGGAAGCUUUCUUCACUGUCCCGGACGCUCAGCUCAUCUCCUGGGAGCAGCUGUGACAGUCCACUAGGCUCUGGGGACAGCGGGGUCAGCGCAGGAGCCACCACUGGCCGCCAAACUCUGCUGGACAUGGACAUGGAGGGGCAAAGCCAGGACAGCACGGUGCCUCUAUGUGGGCAACAUUCACGAGCCACACUGUGCGGGCAGAACUUCUUAUAAUUUCCCAGGAAACCCCUAUUAUAACCCGGGCCACCUGGUCUGAUUUACAUGGCCAGCAUAUUCCCUAGACACAAAGAGAGCCAUGAAAUUCCUAGCCAGGUCGAGCCUAUCUCAUAUGAAGGCGGUUGUGGUUCUACCAGUGUAUCACAGAAACCACAGACAUCUCAUUACAGUGAGUGAGAAGGAAGACCUCAACAACAGCAACACCUGGAGGACUGUGGAUUACUUUUCCAAACCACUGCACUGAACCUCAGUCUUAGAGCUGCAGCACUUUUAUGAGCAUCAUAAAAGUUAAGGUCAAGUCCUACUGCUUGCAUCAUUCCCCUUAUAGAUUGUUCAAUAAAACUCUCUUUUUUUUAUAACCAGGUAAUAUGUAUGUGAUGAAUUGCAUCGGCAAAAAGCCAUUCCUUUUGAUACUGUAUUUUCUGGACAAUAGGUUGCUCAUGAUAUUAAGACAUGCCUCCCUUAAUUAUGACAAAAAAAAUACAUAUAAUUAAGUUUUAUACUGUAUAUGUCACAUUAAGAGACCUGUAUUAUAAUAUUCUGAUUUAGCUUGUCCUUUUAGUGUUACCAUAGUUCAGUUCUGUAUUGUAUCCGUUUUGUUUCCUCGGUCACAGCUGUAAAACAUCUGUCUGAUUUUCUAAAUAUUAAAACACAAAAGAAUUAUACACUGCCUGGCCAAAAAAAAAAAAUUGCACACUUUCUCUUUUUGAAUUCUGAAACAUGCCUGUGCCAUUAGAGAGAAAAAAAAAGGACAUAGAUGUGAUAACCGUGACAUAUUUCAAAAUAUGAAAUAUGUCAGGUCGUCAGCUGAAUUUCAUUUUAUUGCCUAGACCUGACCAACUCAAGCAACCCCGGAUCAUAACACAACCUCCAGAGGCUUGUACAGUGGCCACGAUGCAUGAUCG